AUGAAAAGAAAUCAUCGCCGGCAGAGAAUCCGAACCCACAUAAGUCGACUACACGGCACGGGAUCCACAAUGCCCCACUUACCUGCACACACGAGCGGAAAUAGAGGAGACAGGUACCAGACCCAGAGCUCUGAGGUGACCUACACCAAGCGACUGACACCAAGCAGACACCAUCGGAAAAACGCAGCACCUGACCGUUCACCACAAAACAACUCACACGAAUCAAGCUGGGGAAUCCAGACUAAGAACCACCACUCGGCACAGACCAACCGAAGGGCAGGAGGAGACAACAGGUCAAGCUAUACAACAGAUUACUUAUUAAAGCAUAUCAAGGGCAUCGGAUGA